AUGGAAGAAUUAUUAAACCCCGCCUCUGAUCCCAUUCUCAUCGAUCAAGUGGUUGAAGCUGCUUUCAAUACUCAAGGCCCCCAACAGAAACAAGCCAUGGCUGUCCUUGCCCAGUUUCAAGAACUACCGGAUUCCUGGCAGAAAGUGCCGAUGAUAUUGGAAAACAGCGUCUCUCAAAAUUCUAAGUACAUCGCUCUUCAAAUUAUGGAUAAGCUGAUUACAACCAAAUGGAAAGCUCUUCCUGAAACUCAACGAUCCGGUAUCAAGAAUUUCAUUGUUGGUUACAUCGUUAAGAUGACACGCGAUGAAGCACAAAUGGUGAAAGACAAGGCUUUUGUCAACAAAAUGAACUUGAUACUAGUUCAGAUCCUGAAACAAGAAUGGCCCCAUAACUGGCCUGGCUUUAUUCCGGAAAUCAUUGCCUCUUCUCGAACAUCUCUAUCAUUGUGCGAAAACAACAUGGUCAUCCUGAAGCUCCUUUCCGAAGAAAUUUUCGAUUACAGCGCAGAGCAGAUGACUCAGGCAAAGACUAAGGCCCUGAAGAAUCAAAUGUGUAAUGAGUUUGCCGAUGUUUUCCAACUUUGCAAUGAGAUCUUGGAGAAAGCUACCAAGCCGAGUCUUAUCACAGCGACCCUGGGAACACUUUUGCGGUUCUUAAAUUGGAUUCCGUUGGGUUACAUCUUCGAGACCAGUCUGAUCGAUCACUUGAUCAACCGAUACCUUGAAGAGCGGCAAUACCGUAACAUUACCUUGAGAUGCCUGGCUGAAAUCGGCUGUAUAAAGGAUGCCGGACCCGAAUAUGAUUCUAAAUUCGUCUUGUUACUUACGAUGGUUAUGUCAUCCGUCAACCGAAUCUUACCCCCCAACACCGACCUGAAGGAAAUGUGGGACUCCCAACCUCAAUACGAACAGGAGUUCGUCAUGGCCCUGGCCGUGUUUCUAUGCAGUUUCUUGUUCAAGAAUAGCAGACUUCUAGAGGUCCCGCAACACCACGAUUUACUGGUCAAUGUACACAUGUAUCUAGUAAAGAUCUCACAGGUUGACGAUCGAGAGUUGUUUAAAGUCUGCCUAGAAUAUUGGUCAAAACUUGUCAAGGAGCUCUAUGAUGAACAGCAGUCUAUCCCCACGGACAUGGGACCAUUGAUGGGAAUUGGCUUGAACCUGGUCGGAGGAGCAGGUGGUGUCGGUAGCACUAGCUCACAUUUUGGUGGCGGUGGGGUCGGUAGCGAAGCUCAAGGCCGAAAGCUUCUGUAUCGCGAUGUUUGCAGCAACUUACGGCUAGUCUUCAUCGAAAAAAUGGUGAAACCCGAAGAGGUGCUGGUCGUGGAAAACGACGAAGGCGAAGUUGUACGUGAAUUCUUGAAGGAGACGGACACCAUUGUCCUGUACAAGGCAAUGAGAGAGGUUUUGGUUUACUUGACCCAUUUAGAUGUGCCUGACACUGAAGAAAUCAUGCUAAACAAACUCGCUCGACAAGUGGACGGUUCUGAAUGGUCUUGGAACAAUUGCAACACGCUCUGCUGGGCGAUUGGCUCAAUAUCUGGUGCUAUGAAUGAGGAAUCCGAGAAGCGCUUUUUGGUCACUGUGAUAAAGGAUCUGUUGGGCCUCACCGAGCUGAAACGUGGGAAGGAUAAUAAAGCCAUCGUUGCAUCUGACAUCAUGUACAUCGUUGGGCAAUACCCUCGCUUUUUAAAAGCCCAUUGGAAAUUUCUAAAAACGGUUGUCAAUAAACUUUUUGAGUUUAUGCACGAAACCCACGAAGGGGUUCAGGAUAUGGCUUGCGAUACCUUCAUCAAGAUUGCUCAGAAAUGUCGCCGACAUUUUAUCACUCAGCAGCCAGGCGAACAAGAGCCAUUUGUAGACGAGAUUGUACGAAACCUUGAGAAGAUUACAGAGGAUUUAUCUCCCCAGCAGAUACAUACGUUUUAUGAAGCUGUGGGUCAUAUGAUUGCUGCUCAACCAAACAGGCCCGUCCAGGAGCGCUUGAUUGCCGGCCUUAUGCGGGCUCCUAAUGCAGUCUGGGAUCGUCUGAUGCAGCAGUCUGCUGCCAGUGUCGACGUCCUCGCCAACCCAGACAAUAUAAAGCUGUUAUCAAACGUGCUUAAAUGCAAUGUUUCCGCGUGCAUGUCGAUUGGCUCCUUUUUCCAGCCACAAAUCGUCCGAAUUUACAUGGAUAUGCUUGGGCUAUAUAAAGCUGUCUCCGGGAUAAUAAGUGAGACCGUGGCUGCUGAGGGUAUUAUCGCAACGAAGACACCGAAAGUUAGAGGACUGCGUACAAUCAAGAAGGAAAUUUUGAAACUGGUGGACACCCAUAUUCGACGUGCGGAAGACCUCAACAGUUUAAACGACACCCUUCUACCCCCACUCUUGGAUGCCGUGUUGGGCGACUACAAUCGAAAUAUUCCCGCUGCAAGAGACGCUGAAGUUUUAAACAUCGUUUCUACAAUCGUGAUCCGGCUAGGUCCAUUGCUAACAGGCAAAGUGGCUGCCAUCCUUGAACUGGUCUUUGAGCCUACACUUACGAUGAUCAACCAAGAUUUCUCCGAAUUCCCCGAACACCGAGUCGGGUUUUUCAAGUUAUUACGUGCGAUCAAUGCUAGUUGUUUCACAGCUUUACUGGCUCUUGAACCCAACCGGUUUAAGCUGAUGAUGGACAGUGUAAUUUGGGCCAUCAAGCACAUCACACGGGACAUUGCAGACACUGGACUAGCAAUCCUUUUGGAACUGUUUACAAACGUGUCCACUCAUACGGAUCCCCCGACCGCGGCUGCGUUCUUCCAGCAGUACUACCUGGGAAUCUUGCAAGACAUCUUUUUUGUCUUGACAGAUGCCGAUCACAAGAGUGGUUUCAAAGGCCAGUCUCAAGUCUUGGCCCGAAUGUGGGGUCUCGUCGAAAGCGCUUCGAUUGCCGGGCCACUUUUCAACCCAGCCGAGCAUGACGCAACUAUGGACAACGGACGAUUCCUCAAGGAAUACACCUUUAACCUCUUGAGCACAGCCUUCCCUCACGUUCAACCUCUGAUCAUUCAACAAUUCAUCACUGGGUGCUCGGAAACCUACAGCGACGCGGCUCGAUUCAAGAGUAAUCUCAGAGAUUUCCUAAUCUCCCUGCGCGAGUAUUCAGGCACGAGCGACGGUCAACAUCAUGAUCUGUUCCAGGAAGAUAAGGAGGCUUUGGCUGCCGCCAAGGCUCAAGAGCAGGCUGCUAUUCCUGGGAUGAUUAAGCCGAGUGAAAUCAAAGACGAGGAUGAAGAGAUUCUUUAG